CUGCAUGGAAUACAUCAGGCGGGUCAUGGCUGGAGCUACACGAAUGCACGUUUCCGUUGUGAUGAAGAGCAGGGUGAUUUGUGGCGAAGGUUUGGGAGCCCGGAAGUGGUGCGCGUUGGUAUGUUGUCAUUCCCAUCAGGGAGCUGAGGGAGGAAAGCAUUGGUUGCCGGAGCACGGGGCUGUGCUGGAUGUUAGCGAGCAAGUCACAGGGAAGGCUGCAUCCUCCCACCCAGGGACAGUCAGUACUGAAUCCUCUCUCUCACCCUCCCACCCAGGAACAAGGUGCACAAGACCGGGAACCUCCCCACCUCCAUCCUCGGUCAAUCCAUCCCAGCUUGUGAAGUUGCACCUGAUCGGAUCGGCUGGAGGGGGAUGGAAAAGAGAAAUGAGCGAUCUCGCUGAGGAAUCCAUGAGCGAUCCGACCGGUCACUUCCAGACGCUGGCGCUCCGAGCUGUCGAUCUCCCGGUGUCUCUCUAUCGCUCCCUGCCCGAGGUAAAGCUCCCUCCUCUUGUGAGGAAACUCUUGCUGAUCUCCGUCGUGGGGGCUGCUUCACUCGCUAUUUUGACUCACCAGUUAAAACGAAAGCGUGGGAAGAAAAAGCAGGAAGAGGAGACGGAGAAAGAGCAGUCGCCAUGGGAACAGGAGCUUUUCAUACCUGAAUUUUCCAGGACAGCAGCAUCAGAGAAAGGUUCGAGUUGUGCCAGCAGUCGGCAGAACCUGAGCCUCUCCCUGCAGUCAAAGGGAUCACAAUCGCUCAACACUUACGCAUCUGUGGGACUCCUCAGCAAGUACUCUGGCUCAGUGCAGAGCCUGGCCUCACCAAUGAAGUGCCCUCACAGUUGCACCCUAGGUCAGAGUCGGUUUGUGCACAGCAAGAUCCCACCAAUAAACAAGCAGACUGUUGCGAAUGCAGGAAAACUGAAACAGACAGAGGGAAAGCUGGAGGAACUCAGCUGGUCUGGCACCAUCCGCAGAGAGAGAAUCCGUUUCGAGGCCAGGAUGCUGCCAGAACCUGCUGACCUUCUAACAGUGGCAGCUUGCCGGCAACUGCAGUCAUCUACUGUUAGGAUGGAGCUGUUUGAGGAAGCUCUUCAGCGUUGGGAGCAGGCUUUGUCUUUCCGUAGCAGACAGGUGGAGGAUGAGGCGAACUGCACCGCUGUCAAACUGGGGGCUGGAGACGCAAUAGCAGAAGAAACAGUGGAGGACAUAAUUAGUGCAGAAUUCAUACACAAACUGGAGUCUUUACUCCAGCGGGCUUAUCGUCUGCAGGAGGAGUUUGAAGCCACUCUGGGUACACCUGACCCAAUUUCUCUUGUGAACGAUAUCGACAGGGAAACUGACAUCACAGUCAGAGACACCGAAGACUUCUGUCUGAGAGACACCACCAGCAUCGCAUCGACAGACUCUUUUGUCUCAGCAGCUGAACUAACAGAGCAUCGAGACAAUCGAGGCAGCACCUACGGUCUGGGCUCAUGGUGUCACCUGCCGAUCUAUGAAGAAGCGAUGCACUUGGCAGAAGAUGGAAGAGUAUUUUGCCGGGUGUUAAGGACCGAGUUGCUGGAAUGUGUUGGGGACAUUGAUUUUCUUGCCAAGGUGCACUGUGUGCGUCAAGCUUUCCAGAUAAUUCUUUCCGAUGUAAUUAAUAGAAGGUUUUUCGCAGAAGUGGGAAAGAAGGUUCUGUCCGCGAUUAUGACAAAAGCACAUAAGAAUCCAAAAAGGUUUGAGGCCGUCUAUGAAGAUAUGAUGUAUUUUCUGCAGCAAACUGAUCACUGGGAGAUGACUCAGCGAGAGCUAGCAGCUCGAGGGGUUAAAUACAUUAAUUUUUAUGAUGUUGUCCUGGACUUCAUCCUGAUGGAUUCCUUCGAAGAUCUGGACAAUCCGCCUACUUCGAUAUUGAAUGUGGUCAAUAAUCGUUGGCUCAACAAUUCCUUCAAGGAGACUGCUGUGGCUUCAAGUUGUUGGUCUGUCCUGAAAAGCAAGAGACAGCAGAUGAAGGUACCCAACGGCUUCAUUGCUCAUUUCUACGCUGUCUGUGAGCACAUCAGUCCGAUAUUGGCCUGGGGCUUCUUAGGGCCCAGAGACUCCCUCUACGAUUUGUGCUGCUUCUUCAAGGAACAAGUUCUUUUCUUCUUGAAGGACAUCUUUGACUUUGAGAAGGUGAGGUACACCAGCACUGAGUGUCUUGCUGAGGACAUCUUACACUUGAUACAGCGUCGCACUGAGCUCCUGAUGGCUUAUCUCGGAACAGACAGCCUGAGGCAUCUGAAUGGAUAUAUUGGACUGCCCCUGCCUAAUGGAUGCUUGGAAGCACAAGCACCAUAAAUCAGCUCUGUGUGAGGGUUAUCAUGAGAACACUUCAUGUAAGGGUGUCUGUAAAACCUUGCAGACCCCCUAAACCAACCCAUUAUAUUUCUUCGUCACGACAUUUUGUCUCCAUUUGAACUUUGUCAGUCCUUACAUUUGCAAAAGGGUGUCCUGUUGAUCCAUUGCAGAGGCAUGGGCACUAGCUGUGGGCUAUUAUUACAGUGCAGUACUGAAGGAGUGCUGCAUUGUUAGUGGUAUUGUCUUUUGAAUGGAGGAUUAAAUUGGCACAACAAAAUUUGAAAGAAGGACAAGGGAAUUCUCUCCAGUGUCCUGCCAAAUAUUUAUCCAAUGCCACUAAAUGAGUGUUUCCCGCUUACACUUCCAAACUACUUCAUUGGCUGUAAUUGAUUUGCAAUGUCCUGGGAGUGUAAAAGGAGCUAUAUAAAUGCAAGAUCUUACUUCCCUUUGCUCGAUUACUGCUGAAUCACAAUUCAGUAUCAGGAUUGUGAGUGUUUGCUCUUAAUUUAGAUUAUGGGAAUCACAAGGCUCUGUACAACCAUCAAGGAUAGAAAUCUGUAUAUAACAACAGAUAUUGGAACAUUGCAUAUGUUCACUUGGUAGCCCUCGCACACCAGUGGUUCAAAGUACAAGACAGCACUGGGACCUGGUUCCACCUCCCAAUGGGAACCAGACAGAGUAUAGUGAAGCAAAUUUGUUCUCAUCGUGUGACAGGGGCAAGCCUUGCAGAAGCACCUAUCCUGGGACAGCGAUGACAGAACAUGUUGUAAGGUGCCUAUAAUUAAUGAUAGACUCAGGGAGGUUUCCAGAUGAAAGUAUCCAGGAUUUUCAUUUCCAUGUUGCUUUGAAAAACAGACUGGUUGUCCAGUUGAAGAUUCCACUUGCAAUUAUGAAUAUUUGGCAGAGGGCCACUCCAAUAACUGUAUUACCUGCAAUAUACUUUGUGAAACUUUGGGUUGUCUGCUAAGUUGUUAUUCCUUUCUGGUUUUGAGCUUGACCAGUAGGAAUACAGUCCAGGGUUGCCACCUUUAAUCAAACUUAACACCAGACAAAGCACAACUGCAGGGUGUGUAUUGGUAUGGGACAGGGGGAGAAUAGAGGAUGGUAUAGAUUUAGGCCAAGGGGAUGGCAUACGAUCAGGGCAGAAAGUAUCUUAAGGUUGGAGCAGGAUGUUGGCUAAUAAAGGAACCACACUUGAGAUAGGAUCAGAGCUGGGGAUGAUGCGAUAAGGUUGGAGCAGUGUGACCUGAGGGGGGAGGAGGGGGAAUCGGAAUUAUUCUGAGAAAGGGAUAGGAUAGAUCAAAGGAAUGGUGCAGAUCAGACAAUGGAUUGAUGGGUUUGGGGUCGGUUAUUACAUUGAAGCAAAUAUCUUAGAAAUGAGGGAAGAAUGGAACAAUAUCAGCCAGAUGAGGCAGGGUAAUUUUAUUUAUCCCUUCACAGAAUGUGGGUGUUACUGGGCAUUGAUUGUCCAUCCCUAAUUACCCAGAGAGCAGUUAAGUAUCAACCACAGUACUGUGGGUCUGGAGUCACGUGUAGGUCAGACCAGGUAAGGACAGUCUUCCCCAAAGGAUGGGCUUUUUUCCAGCAAUCAGAAUAGUUUCAUGGCCAUCAUUAGACUCUUAAUUCCAAAUAUUUAUUGAAUUGAUAUUCCACCAACUGUCAUGGCAGGAUGUCACCCAAAGUCCCAGAACUUUACCAAGAUUAAUAGUCUAGUGAAUAUACCAUUAGGUCAUCACCUCCCUUGGUAAUAUUGAGGGGAGGACAGGGCAGAGAAAGGUGCAUGGGAAGGGAUAAUAUUGAGGUGUGGAUUUGGCAGUAGCAGUGAUGGAAUCAUGUCUUUAAUUCUGAUAUUUGCUGAUGUCUCCCAGUCGGUAAGGAAAUAAGUGAGCAAUGUGGGGUGGUUUCCUCCUUACAUACACUAGGUAAUAUAGUCUGUACAAUUCCUCUAUGUGCUGUUAGCAAUCAGGUUAACCCAUUUAGACUAAACAUAUAAAGAUGCAUUGAAAGGGAAGCUCGCUAAGCAUGUGAAGGAGAAAGGAAUAGAAAAUUAACAGUGAUAAAUGAAAUAAGAUGAGAGGAGCCUUCUUUGGAAUGCUGUCACUAACAUAGACUGAAUGGCCUGUUGCUGCACUAUGCAUUCUGUGGAUGUUAGUAAGCUCACCAUUAUCCCAUUAUCUCAUUAAAGAGAUUAUCCUGAGGGUCACCACACCUCUGGUGAGGGGAGAGAUUGAGAAGGAGAGCCCUUCAUUUGGUUUGAUUUGAU